ACUACACUCACACUCCGCCCAGAACACUCCUUGCUGCGCGUUCGUGUGGCCAAGAGCUCUGUAGACGACGCCUCUGGGAGUUUCACCGCCACUGGUCGCCUCUCGCCGCCUCCGCGUUGAAGAUACUCUGCGACAGGAGGCAUAAACCCCGGCAGGCUUGCCUUCAGAGCAACAAUGGCGACCAAGCGCAAGGCGCCGGUGGCAAAGGGCGGCCCGUCCAAGCGGGCGGCUUCGGGCAUAAACACGCCAGCCAGCAUGGGGGGUAGUAGCGAUGAUGAAUACUUCGAGGCCGGUUCGGAUGAGCUUGAGGAGUUGGACGAUGUCCAGGGUCUGGUGAACAAGUUUACUGUGAGGCAGCGCAAGACGACGGGCAAGGCAGACACAGUCUCGCACAUUUUCAAGGCGCGCGAUUACUCUGAUCUCGAUCUGAAGAUAGAGCACGCAGAUCGGCCUUUGUGGGUGACACCCGAAGGCAAGAUCAUCCUGGAGAGCUUCUCGCCGCAUUUCAAGACCGCCGAGAAGUUCCUGAUUAAUAUCGCCGAACCACAAUCUCGUGUGUCCUACAUUCAUGAAUAUUCCUUGACCGGUAACAGCCUUUUUGCAGCCGUCUCCGUGGGGCUCUCCACCCAGGAUAUCAUCAAACAAUUGGAAACUCUGUCCAAAACUCCUUUGCCGUCUGAAGUCAUUGAUUUCAUCAGCGAGUCCACAAAGUCCUUUGGAAAGGUCAGACUGGUCCUCAAGCAAACCAAGUACUAUGUUGAGAGUUCCGACCCUGGAGUGCUUCGGACCUUGCUUCAGGACGACGUCAUCGGAGCUUGUCGCGUGGAUACCACGGAUGGUUUAAUGAAGGUCACAGCAGCAAAGAAGGGAGAUCUUGUUAUUCCGGGUACCAACAUGGCUGCAGGAGCAAAGCAAGCCGCUGCGGCGCAACCCGCGCCGGAAGCUGCCGAGGAUAUGUUGAACGUGCUAAGGGAGGAUGAAGACGACGACGAAGAUGAGGACCAGGUUCACUCGUUCCAAAUCGACGGCCCCAAGGUUCAAACGGUAUCGAAGCGGUGUCGAGCAAUCGGUCUGCCCCUGACCGAAGAAUACGAUUUCCGGAAUGAUUACCAAAAUGCGAAUCUCGACAUCGAUAUCAAACCCGGCGUGCAGAUUCGGCCUUACCAGGAGCAAGCCCUUACCAAGAUGUUCGGCAAUGGUCGUGCACGUAGUGGCAUUAUCGUGCUGCCGUGCGGUGCAGGCAAGACUUUGGUUGGCAUCACUGCAGCUUGUACAGUCAGGAAAGGAUGCAUUGUGCUCUGCACAAGCACCAUGUCUGCUCACCAGUGGAAGGCCGAAUUCAUCAAGUGGUCUAACAUCAACCCCAGCGACAUUGCCGUUUUCAGUGCCGAAGAGAAGACACUGUUCUCAGGUAACACCGGUGUUCUCGUUUCCACUUACAGCAUGAUUGCAAUGACACGCUCUCGUUCCCACGAGUCACAAAAAGUUCUCGACUUUCUUACGAAGAGAGAAUGGGGUCUUAUGGUCCUGGACGAAGUCCACGUCGUUCCCGCAGAAAUGUUCAGCAGGGUCACUCACACCAUUCCGUCUCACGCAAAACUGGGCCUCACAGCCACACUUCUACGUGAAGACGACAAGAUCGAGGAGUUGAACUUCCUCAUUGGGCCAAAGCUCUACGAGGCCAACUGGCAAGAGCUGUCUGACCUUGGGUUCAUUGCCAAGGUUAUCUGCUCCGAAGUCUGGUGCCAGAUGACGACGGAAUUUUACGCAGAAUAUUUGAGGGCCAACCAAACCAACAAGCGCGCUCUCCUCUUCACAAUGAAUCCUCGAAAGUUCCAGGCCUGUCAGUUCCUCAUUGACUACCACGAGAGAAGAGGAGACAAGACCAUUGUCUUCUCUGACAAUGUGUUUGCAUUGAAAGAAUAUGCCAAAAAGCUUCAGAAGUUCUUCAUUUGCGGAGAGACGUCCAACCAGGAGCGAGCACAAGUCUUGCAACACUUCCAGAACAACCCGGCCGUCCAGACCAUUUUCCUCUCCAAGAUUGGAGACACUUCUCUCGAUCUGCCAGAAGCAACCUGCCUCAUUCAGAUUUCCUCGCACUACGGUUCCCGUCGUCAAGAGGCUCAGCGCCUAGGACGUAUUCUACGAGCCAAGCGCCGUAACGACGAAGGCUUCAACGCGUUCUUCUAUUCGCUCGUGUCGAAAGACACGAACGAAAUGUACUACUCGUCGAAGCGACAGGCGUUCCUCGUUGACCAAGGAUAUUCAUUCCGGGUCAUCACGCGACUUCAAGGCAUCGAGCAGCUGCCAGGACUGGCCUUCACGACGAACAAAGAGCGGCUCGACCUGCUGGAGGCGGUGCUUUUCGAGGCGGAGAAGAACCAAGACGCAGGCGCGAUUGAGCAGAACAAGGGCGACUUGUUCGACCGGCGCCAGCGCGGCGGCAAGCCCAUGGCGCGCCGCAUGGCGGGCACGCUGGGCGAGCUCAGUGGCGGCCAGAAUAUGGCGUAUAUCGAGUACCAGAAGAACAAGAACAAGGAUAUCAGGACGAAGGGUAGCCAGGAUAUGAAGAAGCUGCGGCGCUUGGUGGAGAAGCGGAAGAGUGCUGGUGCGAACUUGCGGUAGACCGUAGAGUUGUGUUUUACUAUUGGGCUUGGAACGAAAAUCCUUAAUAUGGUAUGGUCAUGGAGGCAUUAGUAUGGCAUUGCUAGAUUGGUCAAUUCAAGGAUUAAUGCUGGUUGCCUGCUUUGGAAGCACUGCUUGAUUCUGGCAUCUCUACCUUCUUUAUUUGAAAUUCGUUUCUUUCCUUUCUCUUGGCUGUACACAGCCCUUUUGAUGUCUCUAGCUCCUCCGUCCAGACAAGAACUCUCACC